AUGUCUACGCAGAGAAACUCAUCAGAUCCUCUUAAUCCAGCAACAAUCUUGUCAAUCAUCGAGAAAAGCCUUCCAGAGAGAGCUUCUAAUGACCAAGAUGCGCCACUAAAAUCUUGUCAAGAUGUUUUGGCAAUAUUGUUUCAUACCAUUAUGCUGGCUGUAGACUUUCGUUUUAUCGGACUUGGGGAAGAUGGGACUAUUGCUUCAUCGACUGAAGAACAAGAUACAAUCCCACGCCUCCCAAAAGAAUGGAAUGCCAACGGUCCAGAUUCCUACGCCUUUCGAUACAAGCAUCCACAAUCGUCUCUGAUGUUUCUUAUAAAAUCAAUACGACUUGCGGGUAAAUUUCUAGUACAUGGACUGGCAAUUGAAGAUAACAAAACGUCUACAUUAGAAGUAGUCAUUGCCGACUACACGUCUGCGUCAUUUUUUCCUUACAAUGGCAGAGAGCCACUCGUAAAUGGAUUCAUAUCUGAGAGCAGAUUGAAGGACUUGAUAAGUUUAUAUAAGAUAAACAUACUACAAAAGUUAAUCCCAGGACUGAAUAAGCCAGGGUAUGAAGAAACAACACAGACAACACCUCCUAUACGUGCACAAGGGACACCACAAUCCCGGAAUGAUCCAUAUGACCCGUUACGUAUCCCACCAAGAGUACCGCCUACGUAUCCCGCACCACCAGUAUUCGAUGACCCAUUUAGUGUAGAAGGCCCACGAACAAAUCCCUUCAGUGUCGGUGGUGACGAUUUAGACCCUUUCGGUUUUAGUCCGUUAUAUCCCAGGUUCGGAGUCGGAGGAAUACCGCCACCCAAUCGAGGCGGUGGCAUGCAUGUUGGCCUUGAUCAUCCGAUGUUUGGGCCAAGAGGUGGUAUUCGGGAUGACAGGGGAUUUCGCGGUGGCCCACCAACAUUACCUAGGGGUGCUGUGCCGCCAGGCGCUCGCUUUGAUCCAAUAACUCCGUUCAAUACUAAUCCUCGCCAAAAUGUCGGACGGAAUCCUACUUACUUCAGCGGCGAGCCUGACAACGAUGAACCACCACCACCGGGGUACAACGACAUGUUCAUGUAG